AUGAGAAAUUCGGAGGAAUCUUCAUCCACCAACCCGCUCCUGGUUCUGAACCAGGGGCCGGUACUGCCCGUGAGGGCCUGGUGUGAGACACAAACCACGGCUUUAACCGGCCUCGGUGCGAAGAUUGUGUGUGAUGCCACUUUAGUGCAAUACGCAGCAUACCUCUUGUUCCUCUGUCUUGAUUUCGGGAUGGAGGAAUUGGGUAUCAUUCGAUUCCGAUUAUUCGGGUGGGGAUGGCGCUUCACCUUUUUUUCCCUUAGGUCAGUGUGUUCUCUCUUCUUUUCCGUCCCCAGGUCCGUGACUCGGGCGGUUCUGGAAAGAUCUGCUUUUUGUGGUAACUCUGCUAAUUGGCAGGGUUGCCGGCCAUAUUCCCUCAGGUCCUUCUAG